AUGGAUCCGCCGGAUAUAACUACGACUGGAAGAUUGAGGAAAGCGCAGAAAAAUGUGUUGCGAACACAUACGACCGCAGUUUCAGCACGACAGCUCUACAAACUUGCUCAGCAAAUUCUAACGACCGGAUCUAAUCAGAAAGGUUGUUGCCAUCGCAACGAGUCUCCUCGGUUCCACUGCAUUCUCCUUUCAGUCGGAGGUGUGACGGCGUGGUGGUGCGAGACAUGUCCCCUGGACAAAAUCAGCAACAACAGCACGGAAGUAAUAGUUAUAAUAACAGUAUGGCACAAAACGGACAAGCACCACCAUCCAGAAAUAUGUUUCAGCAAUACAGUUCUGGACGACCAUCAGGAGGCAACAAUAACAUGUUCAGCGGGUUCCCACAUUACAUUGGACAUUUUUAGUGAUUUUUAG